CGGGGUGUCUCUUCACUGCUGACCCGUCCUUAGUUUUAUUUAUUAAUAACCGUCUCAUCCUCCAAGACCAUCAUUCUUGGGUCAACAAAGGUCUUCAGCAACGUCAACACCAGUCGUGCUGCCGUCAUCCGGUUAUUACCACCUCCUACGUUCGCCAUUCGCCACAGAACCAACCAAUUCCGCUGCUCUCGAUCAGGCCCGAGAAGAAGAGAAAAAAAAGAAGAGAAGACAGCCAAAGCCGACAGACACCAUGGGAGACACGAGAGAACUGGCGGUCGGGUACGUCCGGGCCAACGAGACGCAGUUCAAGGCCGGCCUCUUCCUCCUGGACCGGCUGCAGUUGCGCCCGGGCAUGCGGGUGCUCGACGUGGGCUGCGGGCCCGGCAACCUGACCGCGCACAUCGCGUCGCUCGUGGGCAGCGAGGGCAGCGUCGUCGGGGUGGACCCGAGCCCGGAGCGGAUCGGGCUCGCCAGGGAGCUGGCCGGGAAGCUCGCGGCGGAGGGCAAGAAGGAGAACCUGACGUUCUACGAGGGCGUCGCCGAGGACCUCUCGCGGUUCCCCGACGCCAGCUUCGACGCCGUCUUUGUCAACUCGACGCUGCACUGGGUGCAGGACCAGCCGCGGGCGCUGCGCGAGUUCGCGCGGGUGCUCCGGCCGGGGGGCCGGGUGGGCAUCUCGGGCGGGUCGGGCGACUUCGAGACGGCGCAGGAGCGCAUCAAGGCGGCGGUGCUGUCGCGCGAGCCGUACCGGGCCUACCCGGAGCCGGCGCCGCCCCGGUUCCUCGGCCGGGCCGAGCUGAGCCGGCUGCUGGACGAGGCCGGCUUCUCGGGCGCCCGCGACAUGGUGGUCAACCGCAUCGUCAAGAAGGCCGAGUCGGCCGACGCCAUGAUCGACUGGCUCGACACCAGCUCCUCGGGCAAGACGUACGGCGGCAUCCCCCCGGAACUGCGCCCCGCCGCCCGCGAGGAGAUGAAGGUCGAGUGGAACAAGCUGCUCACCGACGACGGCAUCCACAUGGACAUGGAGCUCCUCGUCACCGUCGCCGUUCGGUGAAUCGAUCGUUAUUACCACGAUAACUAAGUAUCGUACUAUAAUUACUCUGCUAUCGGUGACCCUCCCCCCGACGUGCUGUACCUGAUUACGCACGUGCGUAUGUAUAUGCAUGUAUAUAGAUAUUCUACCUAUAUUCAAUGGGCAAUACAAACCAUGCUCAUAAAACACAGCUUCCG